CACCUCAGCCGCACAACACAAGGCAAUGCAUUCAAGAAUCCUUUUUUCUUCUCUGUCUACCUCGUCCGUACGGAUCUCUAGGGUUUCAAUCUUCGCCUGCGAUUGAAUCGCUUAGGGUUUUCUCUUCUCUGAUCCGAUUUUUUAAAUUGAAUUCGAAACAAAAAUUCGAGAAAAGAUGGUGCUUUCUCAGAGGAUUCACGAAGCAUUCAAAGGAACAGUGGAGAGAAUCACAGGGCCCCGAACCGUCUCUGCUUUUAAAGAGAAAGGAGUUUUAAGCGUCUCCGAGUUCAUCCUCGCCGGUGAUAAUCUCGUCUCCAAAUGCCCUACCUGGUCUUGGGAAUCAGGGGAGCCAAGCAAGAGGAAGUCCUAUUUACCGCCUGAAAAGCAAUACUUGAUUACUAGAAAUGUGCCUUGUCUAAGGAGGGCCGCAUCAGUGGAAGAAGAAUAUGAAGCUGCUGGAGGAGAGGUUCUUCUUGAUAAUGAAGACAAUGAUGGUUGGUUGGCAACUCAUGGGAAACCUAAAGAUAGAAGCGAUGUGGAGGAAAACUUGCCCUCAAUGGAGACUUUAGAAAUCAGGCAGAAUGAGACUGUAAGAUCAAUACCUUCUUAUUUUGGCGGUGAAGAUGAAGAAGAUAUACCUGAUAUGGCUGAUUUUGAAGAAGCUGACAAUGUUAUUGAGACUGAUGCUGCCACUCUACAGUCAACGUACCUUGUUGCUCAAGAGCCUGAUGAUGACAAUAUUUUAAGGACCCGAACUUAUGAUGUCAGCAUCACGUAUGACAAAUACUAUCAAACUCCUCGUGUGUGGCUUACUGGGUAUGAUGAGUCGAGGAUGCUUUUACAACCAGAGCUAGUGCUGGAGGAUGUUAGUCAGGACCAUGCACAUAAAACGGUUACUAUUGAGGACCAUCCCCAUUUACCUGGGAAGCAUGCAUCUGUACAUCCAUGCAGACAUGGGGCAGUGAUGAAAAAGAUCAUUGAUGUGCUGAUGUCACGUGGAGUAGAACCUGAAGUUGAUAAGUAUCUUUUCUUAUUCUUGAAAUUUGUAGCCUCUGUAAUUCCAACGAUUGAGUAUGACUACACCAUGGACUUUGAUCUUGGCAGCUCCAGCAAUUAAUUAAAGCUAUAGAUUGACAAUUUGGAAAGCUGCCUCAUAAUCUGGUAUACCCGUAUGAUGAAGCUACUGCUUGUAAUGUUUCCAACCUACCGCCUCACAAUUAUGGUACUGUUGCUUCCUAUGUUCGUAAGUCACAACCUACUCUGGGACUCGGGCAGCACACUUGUAAAUACCACUUGUGUUAUAAGAUUGUAUUCUGGAACUUUUUCAAUAUUGUUGGUUGGAAUGUUGUCGGUGCCACAUAUUAUUUGGUAAAGUAAGUUGAUUGGAUGUGGCAAAAUUUAAUUUGGAAUUGUGAAUUAGUAAGUACGAAGUACUACUAAAUGUUUAAUGCCAGAUAAACAAAUACUUAAAACGUUCGAGUUUGAACCA